AUGAUCUCAAUUAGCCUGCCAAUAUACGCGGCACUGAAGAUUGGGGCCUUCGUUGUGGCCUUUUCGCUGCUUCUCGCGUCGGCUUCUGGGGUACCUAGCAUGAUAAAUACCGUUUCACGUGGCCCCUCAUCGGAGCAAUACCGCAGAAAACCUUUUACAAUUGGUGUGCUGGGCGGCGUUGUGCUAUUGAGCUUCUUGGGGUUGAAUAAGGCAUGGAGCACCUCGCCCGUUCUAGGCUAUUUGGCGCUUGUGAUGUCCGUAUUUAUACUUCCUCCCCCCUUCGCUUCAUUGCAUCGUAAGGGGCCUAUUCCUGAGCCCGGCUUGGUCGCGGAGUCGAUAUCACAAGAGGCCAAUACUGCGGGUAAAAGUCCCUCGGUUGUAGUCAUGGCCGAUGUGCCGGCAGCCCUAUAUUCGGGUACUUUUCUGAUACUUGUUGCGUUGUUGGUCUCUGGCUUUUCGUUCGCUACAGACUUCUACAUUCUUGUUCCCGCGGGACUGUUGGCCUCUUCUUUGAUGAUCUCAUUUCAUACGAGUCUUCGAUCCGCCAGCAAAUUUGGCCUCGCCAUUGGCACUGGAACUGCGGCCUUUUUCUGCACCCCUCAUGCCCGCGAUGAUCUCGUAGUCCUUUACGCUACUCGCGUUAUUCUAGCAACCAGUUCGUUCUUUGCAUCAAGAAUGGAUGAUAGCCAUCUCCGCCUAGAUAGUCAUUCGCACAAACACACACACCAUCAUCAUGACCACUCAAAAACGGUUGAGCCAUGGCCACUCACUAAGUGGUUGAUUCAACGAAGCGAGCCCUAUUCCUUGCUGAACAGCAUUCUCAAGGAGAAGGAUUCGCGCAGCAUCUUUUUCUUCAUGUGUUUGAACUUCGUAUUCAUGCUCGUUCAGCUAUCAUAUGGUUUUUUGACCGGCUCUCUUGGACUACUAAGUGACAGUAUUCACAUGUUUUUUGACUGUUUAGCCCUUGUCGUCGGACUUUGCGCAGCCGUGAUGAGCAAGUGGCCCCCAAAUGUCCGUUUCCCCUACGGCUAUGGCAAGGUCGAUACAUUAUCUGGUUUUGCCAAUGGUAUUUUUCUCAUGAUCAUAAGUAUCGAGAUUAUCUACGAAGCAGUGGAGCGAUUGUCUUCGGGCAGUCAAAUGAACCGCAUCAGUGAGUUGCUGGCCGUCAGCUUCGCUGGUCUAUUAGUGAAUUUGGUCGGCAUUUUCAGCUUUGAGCACGGCCACCAUGGUCACGAUCAUGGCCAUGAUCAUUCCAAUGAGAAUAUGCAUGGAAUUUUCCUGCACAUUUUGGCCGAUACACUGGGUUCAGUGGCUGUGGUGAUUUCAACUAUAUUGGUCCAUUACUCAGGUUGGGCUGGAUAUGAUCCUCUUGCAUCUUGCUUUAUCGCCAUCUUGAUCUUUGCAUCGGCUGUGCCGUUGGUUAGUAGCACUGCCAAGACUCUGCUCAUGGCUCUCCCGGCCGAUACGGAGUAUAACCUCCGAGAAACCCUGGCUGGAAUGUUCGUCAACGGACUGACACCUAUCUUCGCGAAAGAGACAUGGAUAUCUUGGUCCAGGUGGAGCGAGAUGGGGAUGGACGCUGUUGGUGUGGUGGCGCAAAUAAAGGCACUUGAUUUGAUUCCUCUUGAGCAUAUGCAUUCGGUCUAA